AUGGAAGUUAAUGAAUAUUUAUUACAAAUAUCUCCAGCUGCAUAUUUUUUCAGUCAUUGGUUUAAGCAUUUAUUGUCAACCUUGAAUCCAUGUCAAUCGACAAAUACUGAGAAUAUUUUGAAUGAUACGCAUAAAGAGAUACAUAAUGAUGGAACCGAUUCAAACAAAACUUGUAUAACUGACAAUUAUACAGAAGUUAGUAAGUAUUAUCGAAAUAUUCAAGAACAAGACAGAAAUUUAUUGAUAACACAACGACGUAAUAUGCAGCAUAGAGCUGUCUUCUCAGAGGUACAACGUCGUGGUUUAGAAAGUGCUUUCCGUAAACAUGCUUACAUUACUAAACCUGAUAGAAAGUUAUUAGCGGAACGCUUAGGUCUUCGAGAUGUUCAGGUAAAAAUUUGGUUUCAAAAUCGACGUAUGAAAUGGCGUAAUUUACGCCAAAACUGUAGAAAUACACCAGUCAAUUCUAACCAAUCAGAACAGAAGAGGAAGUCUACAAAGAAAUCAGAAAAACGAUCAGAUAUUUCCAUGAGUAUUGUCAAUUCAUCUAGACAUUCAAUUAACUUGGAUAUUAUUCCACAAAAUCCAGAUAUUGAUAUAUCAAAUCAAUUGUCUCAGAUGCAUACAUCGGUUGUUCCUUGUUUACUGAUGAAAGACAAACUAAAUGAAAUCAAAUCAACUGAGAAGUAA